GAAAACGACUUCAAGGUUUCGAAUCUAAAUAGUAGCAAACGUGCAAUUGCUUGAGCUACCAACUCUGGAAUCACGUGAAUAGUACCUAACAAGCCAAACAUGCUUUCCAGAUUAGUAUCUAAUUCUGCAAGAAAGAAUGCGUUCUCCACCAUCAAGCGCUCUUACGCUUUGAGUGCUCAAGCCCAAGCCUUGAUUUCCAAGAAUGUCAAGGACAUCGACCCGGAGAUGUACGAAAUUUUGCAAUUGGAAAAGGCAAGACAGAAGAACUCGAUCACUUUGAUUCCAUCUGAGAACUUCACUUCUCAGGCCGUCAUGGAUUUGUUGGGAUCAGCAAUGCAAAACAAGUAUUCUGAGGGUUAUCCUGGUGAGAGAUACUAUGGCGGUAAUGAGUUUAUUGACAUGGCCGAAUCUCUUUGCCAAAAAAGAGCCUUAGAGGCAUUUGGCUUGAACCCAGAAGAAUGGGGAGUCAACGUCCAAUCCUUAUCCGGUGCCCCAGGUAACCUUUAUGCCUACUCUGCCAUUCUAGAAGUUGGUGAUAGGUUGAUGGGACUUGAUUUACCUCAUGGUGGACAUUUAUCCCACGGUUACCAGACACCUUCCACUAAGAUCUCCUACAUUUCCAAGUACUUUCAGACUAUGCCUUACAGAUUGGAUGAAAAGACUGGUUUGAUCGAUUACGACAUGUUGGAGAAGACUGCAGUUUUGUUCAGACCAAAGAUUAUCGUUGCAGGAGCGUCUGCAUACCCAAGAGUCAUUGAUUACAAGAGAAUGAAGCAGAUUGCCGACAAAGUCGGAGCGUACUUGUUGUCAGACAUGGCGCAUAUCUCCGGCCUAGUCUCUGCAGGUGUCACUGAGUCACCAUUCCCUUACUCCGACAUCGUCACAACCACAACUCACAAGUCGUUGAGAGGCCCAAGAGGUGCUAUGAUCUUUUUCAGAAAAGGUAUUAGAAAGGUCACCAAGAAGGGAAAGGAGAUUCCAUACGAUUUAGAAAAGAAGAUCAACUUCUCUGUUUUUCCAGCUCACCAAGGUGGUCCUCACAACCACACCAUUUCUGCCUUGUCCGUUGCUUUGAAACAAGCACAAACAUCAGAAUACAAGGAAUAUCAAGCCGACAUUGUAAAGAACGCGUCAGUUUUUGCCGAUGCCUUAGCCAAUAAAGGUUUCGAUUUGGUUUCUGGUGGUACCGACACACACCUAAUCUUGGUCGACUUGAGAUCAAAAAAUAUUGAUGGUGCAAGAGUUGAGGCCGUUUUGGAAAAGAUCAACAUUGCAGCAAACAAAAACACUGUUCCAGGUGACAAAUCCGCUCUUUUCCCAUCCGGUUUGAGAGUUGGGACUCCAGCAAUGACAACUAGAGGAUUUUUAGCUGACGAAUUCAAGGCGGUUGCUGACUACAUGGACAAGGCUGUCAAGAUUGCCAUCAAACUCAAGGCAAAGGAGGAAGGUGCAACUCCAAAGGAAAAGUUGGCACACUUUAAAAAGUUGGCUGCAGAGGACCCAGAGGUGCAAGCACUUGACAAAGAGGUGGUUGAAUUUGUUUCAAAGUACCCUGUUCCAGGUGAGCUAUAGAUGUCCCCGUAUAUCUUUUGAAUAUCCUGCAUUUUCUCUCUUUUUACCGCUAUUUCUCAUAACAGUAAAAUAUACAUGUUUGUGUUACGUAAUAUUUCUUUUCCUCGCCUGUUGACAAAUUUCCUAUUGAUCACGAAAGGUAAAUAAAUAAAUAACACGGAG